AUGAUAGACUUAUUAGAUUUACCUAAUAUAUUGAUUGCAAAAAUAUUUAAAUAUUUAUGUUCAAAUUAUUGUAAUAUCGAUUAUUUGUUUGGUUCAUCUUUUAUGUUUAGAAAUUCUGUAGUAUCAUUGGAGUACACUAACAAUGUACUGAUAAGAUAUUCACUUCUGUCACAUAGGUUUGCCAGUUCCAUUAUACCGCUGGUCACAACUUUGUUGAACCUCUACAUUUACAAUCAAUCAGAUUAUCGUCUGACAGUACAACUCAGCCAAAGAGGUUUAACAACAUUAUUCACAUGUAAACCAAUCAACUUUUUAUUCAUUUAUUUCAACUAUAAAGGAAUAGAUAAUAAUCAAUCAAUAGAUGAUACAACUAUUAAAUUAUCAACAAUUAAUAUUCGUGCUGGACCAUUAUUAUAUUCAAUUCUAAGAGAUAAAGUUACACCUACAACCAUUCAAGAGAUGACAAUCAACUUUGAAGAUAAUCAAAAUCCAUCGACACUCGAAUAUCUAAAAGACUAUCUUAAUAUCGACACUCUUCCUAAUUUAACUUGUCUGUAUCUUAAUUGCCACCACAGAUUAGAGUUUAUCGAUGAUCUGUUAUCAUCUCUACUGAAUGGCAACAGACAAACAAUAUUCAAUCAACUAGAAUGCUUCAGUUUAAAUUCUAAUAUUGAAAAGUCAACUUUACAAUCAUUGUUAGAAUCUAUGGGAUCUACUUUGGUAUCUUUGUCAUUAGAGUCUCUUGGUGGGUUCGAUUUAAUCGUUGAUUUCUUGUAUCAAAAGAAAAGUCUACCACUCAAACAUCUAAGGUUGAUAGAUAUCAGUGAUAUGACAUACGCAAACACCACAAGACUACUACAGUGUUCAAAUGUAAAGUUGAAAUCAUUCACAACUGACCUAUUCAAUGUUGAAUAUAGACCAGAUUAUUUCACAAACAACAAUCCACUUGUACUGCUUCAGAGAUUAGAGAUAUUCAAACUGCCAACUAUCAUCAACAACAAAGAAAUGCUUACUAUGUUACUUAAUUCAAUAGUACAAUGUUCACAACCACCUCUUCUUGCACAUUUGGAUAUAAAAAAGUCGUUGUUACCCUCGGACUUUGAUCUUUCAUUUCUAAAGAGUUGCAAGUAUCUACAACGAUUGUCUGUUAAUACCGGUAAUCUAAAAUCAGUUUUCAACAACCUGAUGGGUCAUCCAGUGCUAACUUCACUACAAAUGGAGAAUCCUGCUGAUACUGUGUUUGAUGAGGAGACUGCGUCUCUUCUCAUUGGAUUCCAAUCGUCUUGUAAACGUCUCAAAUACCUUUGUACUCAUUUAAACUUCAACAGUAAGGUACUCACUCCAGAGUUGACCAAACGGUAUAUCGAUAGUAUCAGAGAGCAUCGUACAUUGAAAGGCUUUCAAUAUUACUUUGUUGAUCUACCAAUCUUAGUAUCGAUAGUCGAGGUAUUAGUUGAACGUUCUUACGACCCCAACAUUGAAUUCCAGAGAAUUCAGCUAUUAUUUGGUACACCCAUUGUAUUUCCAAGUGAAGAGAAUGUUCUACUUGUUGAUCAACUGUUUCAUCAUCUAUCGAAACUUAAAUUUAACAAACUAUGGAUGGGAAUUAAAAUCGAAGAAAAUACAGUUGAUAAAAUAAUAACAACAAUAGAAGAUAAAGAAAACAAUAACAAUAAUGAUAGUAAUGAAUAUAUACAUGGAACCGAUCCAGUUAGAUUAGUCAAUAGAAUUAUAGAGAUGUUCAAAGAAAGACAGAUAGAUACCAGUCAUUCCAGUUUCAAUUUAUUCAGUACGAGCCCUUACCUUGCUGAAACCGACAGUAUUAAUCGACUUGUUAAUACUAUUAUUUCACAAAAGCAUGUUGACCCACUACAAUUCUUUGUCUUUAGAUCACUAUUUAAAUAUAAAGUAGAUAGUGAAGUAAUCAUUCGAUCUCUCUGUCCCAAUAUAGAAAUAGACAAUUCUGCAUACGGCAAAGUUGUUGAUCUCAAUCAAUCUAGAGAAGUCUCUGCUGUCAUCAUCGAUCAUAAACCAACAGGUUAUAAAAUUAGUUAUCGGUUAAAUUAA